AUGCCAUCCUUUCAGUGGGUAGCCCUUCGGCUGCUUGUGCCGCUGUUGUUCGUCGGCAGUGAGUAUACUGUGGCCCAGUUUACUACAGUGUCCCAAGUUCGGCACAGUACGAGUCGAGUAGACCGCAAUCGACUCAACCUCAUCGAACGCCCGAUCGGCGGAAGUGUGUCGGCUCGUGAGACGGAGCAGUAUCGGCUGCCGAACGAUACAAUACCGGAAGCCUACGUGCUGGAGUUGCGGUCCGGCGUUCAUCUGGGAGACUUCAAUUACAACGGUAGAGUUUCGGUGCGGAUCCGUGCUCUGCGCACCACUCGCUCGAUCGUUCUGCAUUCCAGCGGAAGUCGCAUAACAGGCGUGCGGCUGCAGAACUCCGAUCAGCUUCAUCUGCCCAUCGACCCGUACGUGGCGGAUCCUGAGACCGAAACGAUUACAAUCACUACCGGUACUCAGUUGCUGCAAGGAACCGUUUACCAGCUAAUAAUAGACUUUGAAAGUGUGCUCCGGGACGAUGUCGUUGGCUUCUACCGCAUCACCUACCCGGGUGACGAGGUGACCGGUGGCGUGCGUUAUGGAGCCGUGACUCAGUUUCAAGCCGUCCAUGCUCGGAGUGCGUUUCCUUGCUACGAUGAACCCGGCCUGCGGGCACCGUUCACUAUCACCAUUGAAAGUGGCUUCGCAACGACGGUGUACUCCAACAUGCCGGUGGCAUCGAUUAAAAUAAUCGGCGAUGACACUAAACAAACGCGCUUCCAAACGACGCCAAGCAUGCCAACGUAUCUAGUGGCGUUCGCCAUCACCGACGGAUUUGCCAGCAACCGAGUGACGCUGGUGGUGGACUCGCAGGCGCCCAACAUCAACAUGGAGCUUCUGGCACCGGAUUCUUCGUCCGCUAGUGCCCGUUCGUUUGCGUUGAAUCGUGGGGCCGAAGUUAUUCGGAUCCUGGAACGUCACUUCAACCAAACCUACGACCUCCCAAAGCUGGACCAGCUGGCCGUGCCGAACAUGUACUUUGCCGCCAUGGAAAACUGGGGCUUAGUCACCUAUGCCGAAGCGUACCUGCUGUAUGAUGAGGCGACCGGCACGAACCGCGAUAAGGAGAACGUCAUCGCAACGAUUGUGCACGAGUUCGUCCACCAGUUUUUGGGCAAUCUCCUCACACCCCACUGGUGGUCGGAUUUGUUUCUUAGCGAGGGGUUCGCCACAUUCUACGAGUACUAUCUGAGUGCUGAGGUGGAGCCCAACAUUCGCUUCAAAGAUGCCUUUACAGUUGAGGCCCUGCAGACGGCACUGCUGGUGGACAGCGCCAGCACCAUUCGCCCUCUGUCGUACUGGAUCGACAAGCCGACCGACAUCGAGCGUAUGUUUGACAUCAUUUCCUACCAAAAGGGUGGAAGCGUUUUGCGGAUGAUUCACCAUGCGCUCGGCGAACGUGCCUUCCUCAAGGGUGUGCGCCAUUACAUUCAAAACAACAAGGGGCGAUCGGUUACACCGGACGAUCUGUUCGAAUCCUUACAGUUCGGCGCAGCAGAAGAUGUGGCCCUUCCGCUCAGCCUCGACGUAGCGACCAUAAUGCAUCCGUGGGUUUACCAACCGGGCUAUCCUCUCGUGACGGUUCAGUACCAAUCCGGAGAGCUCGUCUUCCGGCAGGAACGUUACACUACGACCGUCGAGAACGACAGUCCGGGCGAUCGUAGCACUUGGUGGAUUCCCAUCCGCUACCAAGUGUUGUUGGAUGGUGCAACGUCCAGCACCGACCAGCUGUGGUUACCCCAAGGAACCUCUCAAGCGUCGAUCCUGGACGUUGCUCUACCUGACGGUGCUUCGAUUCUUGUUAAUCCUCAGCAAACUGGCUACUACCGAGUGAACUACGAUACGGACCUUUGGCUUCGUCUCAUUCGGCAAUUGAACGUCAACCCGGUGGCACUACCGGCAGCAUCGCGUGGCCAGCUGCUGGACGAUGGUUGCAAGCUCUAUUUCAGCGAUCGCCUAGAUGCCUCGCUCUUCUUCAGUUUGCUCCAAUACACCGGAGCCGAAGUUGACUCCAUUCCGUGGAGAGUAGCGUUGUCGAACGACAAUCUUGGGGCGUUACGAAAUGCCCUCGUACCCGUGGCGUCAUAUUUCGACGCCUUUGCGCGCUUCCUCGUGGCUCAAAUCAACAACAUUUUUGAGCAACUAACGUUUGAUGAAAUCCCCGGAGAACCGCACGAAUUCCAGCAGCUUCGAAGCGUCGUCAUCGAGUGGAGCUGCCGGAUGGGAGUGGUCACCUGUCGAACGGAGGCCCUCACUAGAAUGCUUAGCGACUUUAGUAACACCGUUCCAGUGCCCGACUACCUCAGGGAAAGUGUGUACUGCGGUGGAAUGGUGUCUGCGACGCUUACCGACCUAACCAGCAUUCUGACCCGAAUGCAAGUUGCAACGAACCGCGCGGAACGGUCACAACUAAUCGCGGCCCUGGGCUGUGCGGAAAAUGCCGACUUCCAUGACACGUUCCUCCGAUCUUUGUUCGAAAACGAAUCGAGCUACUUGCCUGGAGAGUGGUACGAAGUACUCACAUCCGUCUACUCAAAGUCCGCUGUCGGGUUUGCAGCGUUCAAUCGGUGGUUGGCGAACUAUCCCUUGGAGAUAUUGCUAAGAUUCGGUACCGAUCCAGCCUUUGCCAACAUCUUGGUUGAGGUCACCCAACGCCAAGACAACGUGGAGCUGCAUUAUGAGCUGGUACAACUGUUCAUGCAGUUCCAGGCACAAUGA